AUGUACCUCGGUCAAGUGAAUCAGGGCAUCAAGCACGAGCAUGCCCAAAAGGUCGCCGCUUUCCUCCAGGUCUUUUCAAAACACUCUGAAAAGCUUCUAAUGGAGACCAAGGAGAACGUCAGGGAGAUCGAGGAAACAUGCCAUGCCAGACUUCAGUCGCCAUGGAAUGAGAUUGUGUUCCAUCACAUCAUGGCUUGCAAGGGUGUCGAGGCUGUCGACUUUGUGUCUGCCUAUGGAGACCAAAACAUGGCCGUUACAAUUUUCUUGCGUGAAUUCCCUAAUAUGACCAACUGGCCUUUGGAGAUCUUGUACAUCCUCAAUGCCGAUCUUGGACGUCUGGCUGUCCAAGCUGAUAAGCAAUUGGAGCGAAGGGGCGAGAAGCCAUCAAAGUUGGAGGACUGUGCGAGAGUAAUCAACAAGGCAUUCAGUAUUUGCAUCACAGACAGGACCUACUUCAAGUUGAAGUCGCAUAAUUUGUGCAAGAAUAUUCUGCGUGCCGUGAAAGCGGCUGAUUUGCCAGAGCUGGAACAAUUCCCAAUGGCGCAUCAGGUCACGAUCCGCUACUAUACAGGAGUUCUUUCGUUCUUCAACGAUGACUUUAAAAAGGCGGAAACAGAUCUGCAGUUUGCAUUUGAUCAUAUCCCACCCAAAUUUCACCACAACCGACGCUUGGUCCUUCACUACUUGAUCCCGACUCGCCUGUUGCAUGGAUCGCUUCCUCAGACCCGUCUCCUCGAGGAAUUUCCAGAACUUUCGGCGCUCUACCGACCCCUGGCAUUGGCGAUCAAGAGUGGAAAUGUGCAGUUGUUUGACGAGGCCUUGUCGAUUGGCGGAAGUCGACUGAUUGGACUGGGUACCUAUCUGACUGUCGAGCGGUCUCGAGGUGUUGCUGUUCGUGUCCUCUUCAAGAAAGUGUUUACGUUGAUGGACAAGACGAACAAGUUGAACAUUGACCAGUUCCAGAAGGCGUUGGCCUUUGUGGGUGUCAAUGUGGAUGAUGAGGAAGUCGAAUGCAUGCUUGCCAACAUGAUCUAUAAGGGAUACAUUCGUGGAUAUCUUUCGCAUGAGAAGAAGGUCCUCGUGCUCAGUCAGAAAGAUCCCUUCCCGAGCUUGGAAUCGCUGCAGUAA